GUGUGACCAACCAGGCCGCGGUGCAUGAUGGGAAAUGAGUUACACACCCUAGCAACACAUACGUAAACAUUUGUCACGGUAGUACUGUAUGUUAUACUUAAGCAAAUAAAACAGCUGUCACAUAUUCAUACUGAAAAACAGCAAAGACACAAUGCAGGCAGAUGACGUAAGAUACUUAAAAAGGAAAGUCAAGGGAGGCAGUCUGGAUGUCCAUCCUACAGAGAAAGCCCUUGUUGUCCAGUAUGAAGUGGAAGCGACUAUUAUGGGAGAAAUGGGAGGCCCGAUGCUUGGAGAACGCAAGGCGUGUCAGAAAAUUGUUCGUCUGAAAAGCCUUAAUGCCAGCACGGAUAUUGGGUCAUUAGCACGGAAAGUGGUGGAGGAAUGCAAGCUCAUUUCACCAUCCAAGCUCCCGGAAGUGGAGCGACUGCUCUUCUACCUGCAGAACCGCAAGUCGCCUACAGAGAAAAAAGAGAAGAAGCAGAUAAAGCCAAGAGAUCCUGCUCCGUUUGAAGGCAUGGAGCUGGACGAGGAGGCCAAUAUUAACAGCAUCGAUGACUACGUGGAGCUGCUCUACGAGGACGUUCCAGAGAAAAUCAGAGGAGCCACGCUUAUUCUGCAGCUGGCCCGUAAUCCCGACAACCUGGAGGAGCUGCUUCAGAAUGAGACGGCUCUGGGAGCCCUGGCCCGAGUACUGAGGGAGGACUGGAAGCAGAGCGUAGACUUGGCAACCACCAUCAUCUACGUCUUCUUUUGUUUCUCCAGUUUCAUCCAGUUCCAUGCACUGAUCACGCACUAUAAGAUUGGCGCUCUCUGCAUGAACAUCAUGGAGCAUGAGUUGAAGAGGUACGACCUGUGGCAGGAGGAGCUGCAGAAGAAGAAGAGAGCUGGGGAGGAAGACCCAGAGAACCAAAAUCUGAAGAAAGAGUAUGAGAAAGCACUGAAGAAGUACCACGGCCUGCUGAUCAAGCAGGAACAGCUGCUGAGAGUGGCUCUGUAUCUACUGCUGAACCUGUCUGAGGACACGCGCAUAGAGCUGAAGAUGAGGAACAAAAAUAUCGUGCACCUGCUGGUGAAAACCCUGGACCGGGAAAGCGAGGAGCUCCUGGUGCUCGUCGUGUCCUUUCUCAAGAAGCUCAGCAUCUUCCUGGAGAACAAGAACGAUAUGGCUGAAACGGACACUGUGGAGAAGUUGGCUAAGCUGGUCCCUUGUGAUCAUGAGGAUCUGCUGAAUGUCACUCUGCGUCUCCUCCUCAACCUCUCCUUCGACACAGGCCUCCGCAGCAAGAUGGUGCAGGUGGGCCUGCUGCCUAAACUCACCGCCCUGCUAGGAGAUGAAGCACAGAAGCAUUUAGCCAUGCGCAUACUAUACCAUAUUAGCAUGGAUGACCGCUUCAAGUCCAUGUUUGCCUACACAGACUGUAUUCCGCAGGUGAUGAAGAUGUUGUUUGAUUGCGGUGAGGAGGGGGUAGACCCGGAGCUCAUCUCCUUCUGCAUCAAUCUGGCAGCCAACAAGAGAAAUGCACAGCUCAUUUGUGAAGGUAAUGGACUGAAGAUGCUGAUGAAGAGAGCAUUCAAGCUGAAGGAUCCACUGAUGAUGAAGAUGAUCCGGAACAUCUCCCAGCACGAUGGACCUUCCAAGAACUUAUUCAUUGAUUAUGUUGGAGACUUUGCAGCUCAGAUUGGUCAGAAUGAGGACGAGGAAUUCGUGAUCGAGUGUUUGGGCACACUGGCUAACCUCACCAUCCCUGAUCUGGACUGGGAGCUGGUGCUUAAAGAAUACAACCUAGUACCCUUUCUCAAAGACCACCUCAAACCUGGUUCUGCAGAAGAUGACCUUGUGCUGGAGGUGGUGAUAAUGAUUGGCACGGUCUCUAUGGACGACUCCUGCGCCGCCAUGUUAGCCAAGUCAGGCAUCAUCCCUGCUCUUAUAGAGCUACUCAAUGCCCAACAAGAGGAUGAUGAAUUUGUUUGUCAAAUCGUAUACGUCUUCUACCAGAUGGUGUUUCACCAGGCCACUCGAGACGUCAUUAUAAAGGAGACUCAAGCUCCAGCUUACCUCAUCGACCUGAUGCACGACAAGAACGCUGAAAUCUGCAAAGUGUGUGACAACACACUGGAUAUUAUCGCUGAGUAUGAUGAAGAAUGGGGGAGGAAGAUCCAAAACGAGAAGUUCCGCUGGCACAACUCUCAGUGGCUGGAGAUGGUUGAGAAUCGGCAGAUGGAUGAAGUGGAACCCUUCUUGUACGGCGAUGAAGGAGAGCCCUUUUUACAGGGAGCGGACAUUCUGGAGCGGCCCGAUCUCUUCUACAGCGCAGAUGGAUUAAUCCCAGCAGAUGCUGCCAUCAGUCCAGACUUCUUUACAGACUUUCAAAAUGGAGACUAUGUCGCAGCACAGGGUUUCCCUGGCAGUGCUGUCUCCGAGAGAUAUGGUCAGGGGCCAGGGGGACCCAUGCGGCCUGCUACAGCCUACGGCUUCCGGCCCGAUGAGCAACACUACUACAGCUACUCAACCUCACGGUAGAGUAGUAUGAGUACAGUAAUAUGUACCACCGUUAAUGUUACAUUUACUCAGAUUCAACACUACUAACAUUAUUUAUUUGUUCCACUCUUAUUCUGAAAUAUGACUUGGACUUGCAUAACUUGCAGCUUUCAUGACGUCAGUGGUUUCAAAUUAUUUAUAAGCAUACUCAAUUAUCAAUAUAUAGUACAGAUUUAGUCUGUCCUUUAAUCUAGAGUGUGUUUGCUGUACUUGACAUACACUUGUGAAAUGACAAACUCGAAGGCACAUGUACCCGGACGACACACGUGUACCCAGAUCACAGGAGCCUGAUAAAAUACAGUUUUUGCAUGAAGUAUUAAACAUGUAGUUUGGUUUUGAGGUCCAGUUCAUUGCAGCUAUAGCAAGGUGUUAUUUCUUGAAUUCAUUGCAUGGCAGAGUACAGCGUAGUUUAGUUGCACACUUCAGUCUGAACUUCGAAUUCACCCAUCACUGAAGCUCACACACACUAAAACACUCAGGCAUUUGAGACACUUUCCAAGGUGUGUAAUUGUGAGAAUAUCUGACACUAGCUAAGGUCUUGAAUUUAUUUAUUGAAUUGUAAAAAAAAAAAUGUCGUAAUGCUUUUUAUCUGUGUCUCAUGACCAGCUGCGCGGCAGCUUACAAUUGUGUACUGUUUAAUGUUUUAUGUUUUGCUUUUCUAAAUGAAAAAUUUUGUAUGUGUGACAUUUUUAUUUAAAAUAUUUCAAUAACAUUUUAUGUUAUCAAAUUCUAUUCUUUUUUUUAUAUAUUGUCAGUUUACACUAAAUGUAUGUGCUUUGUCUUUUGUGCCCGAGGACUGUCUUAACUGCUGUUUUAUACAAGAUGCCUAUUAUUUCUGUGGUGCAAUAUUAAAUCAAACAAAUACGAACAGAA